CCGUCCCAAGCAGACGCGGAAGUGCUGGGAAGUGCGGGUAGCCGGGUCCGUUGGUGGACCCCUGUCGGGGGCUUUCCACCUUAAAAACUUCUGGAGCGCUAGAUUGCUAGAGGCCCGAUUCUGCCAGCCGCCGUUCGACCUCGGAGCCGAUGCUGGCCGCGGUCCGGAGGCCCCAUAGCGGGGCCGGACCAUGAGCCUGCCGGGCGGCCUUGUCUCCUCGCCGCGGGCCCUUCUGCAGCCCAGCAAGGCCAGGAUGAAAAAGCUGCCGAAGAAGAGCCAGAACGAGAAGUACCGCCUGAAGUACCUGCGGCUGCGCAAAGCGGCCAAGGCCACCGUGUUUGAAAAUGCUGCUAUUUGUGAUGAAAUCGCUCGUCUUGAGGAAAAAUUUCUUAAAGCAAAAGAGGAAAGAAGGUACUUGCUAAAGAAGCUCCUCCAGCUUCAGGCGCUAACUGAAGGGGAAGUGCAGGCUGCAGCGCCUUCCCACAGCUCCAGUCUGCCCCUGACUUAUGGUGUGGCCAGCUCUGUGGGAACUAUACAGGGAGCUGGGCCCAUUUCUGGGCCCAGCACUGGGGCUGAGGAACCUUUUGGGAAGAAAUCCAAGAAGGAUAAAAAAGAAAAAGGCAAAGAAAACAACAAACUGGAAGUUCUGAAGAAAACAUCCAAGAGAAAGAAAAUGGAGGGAGGUGCUCGCAAGCUGGUUCAGCCCAUUGCCCUGGAUCCCUCAGGACGGCCUGUGUUCCCCAUCGGACUAGGGGGUCUAACAGUAUAUAGCCUGGGGGAGAUCAUCACCGACCGACCUGGCUUCCAUGAUGAGAGUGCCAUCUACCCUGUGGGCUACUGCAGUACUCGAGUCUAUGCCAGCAUGAAGUGCCCAGACCAGAAGUGUCUGUACACCUGUCAGAUCAAGGAUGGUGGGGCGCAGCCUCAGUUUGAAAUUGUCCCUGAAGAUGACCCCCAGAAUGCCAUCAUCGGUCCUUCUGCAGAUGCUUGUCAUGCAGAACUGCUCCAGACCAUAAGUGCUACUCUGGGGAAACUAAUGCCUACACUGCUUCCAUCUGGAGCUGACUUUUUUGGGUUUUCUCAUCCAACCAUCCACAACCUGAUCCAGAGUUGUCCAGGAGCUCGAAAAUGUAUCAAUUACCAGUGGGUGAAAUUUGAUGUGUGCAAACCUGGAGAUGAGCAACUACCACUGGGGCUGCCAGAGAACAAUGCAGCUAUGAGCUUUGAAGCCUUUCAGAGACAGAUGUUUGAUGAAGAUCAUAAUGAUCCCGUUCUGCCAGGAACCUUGGACCUCCCAGAGCUUCAGCCUGCAGUCUUUGUUUCUCCUUACCAGCCCGAGUUCCUGACACCCGAGUCCUUGGUAGAUGCACAGCUGCAGGACUUGAAUUCUCCACCACACUGCAGCCCAAUUCCAUCUUCAGACUGAACGAGAAGGGACAAGAUAUACAUCAUUUUCAUCAUGGUGGAUCUUUUCAGUUAACUAAAACUUACAAUAUAUGGAAGAAAGCGGUUAAUUCAGGAGAUAUUUCUUCGUGGAGUUCCCGUGGUGACUGUGGACCCUGGGAAAAUCUAAAGCUGCUUUAUUUUUAGUAAUAAAUUUCUCUUGACAA